AUGACUAAUGAUUUAUUAUUCGUAGUCGAUGAAAAAAAUUGCAGAAAGGGAGAGAGAAAGUUGUCGCAACGUCACAGCUUCUUCCUUGGAAGACCUUAUCUUCCCUCCAGUGCUACCGUUAGUGUUGGUGGGCGGCUGGAAGUGAAUUGCUACAUUUCCGGGUAUCCGAUACCACAAGUGUUCUGGCUUAAGGACGGGCGCCAAGUGAAGGAUAGCUACCCUGAAGACGACCUUCAGGUAUUUCUCAAAAGACAUGGUCAUGUCUUCCAAUUGAUAAUACCAUCUGCUCGACUUCAUCAUGCCGGUCUGUGGGAGGUUGUGGCUAGAAAUCUUGCUGGUCUGGUCAUAAGCAGCUCGUACAUUCACGUAAUUGACGUUCAUGAAGUGCGGACAAGCAUGAUGCUCAGCUGGUCGACCAAUGUCGACGAGUUCGUUACCGUCUUCAGGGUUCGUUGGGAGUUUAACGGUGAGGAGCUUCAACAAAGCAACCUUAGCCGUUUCAAGAUUGUAAACGAAGGCGUUAAUCAUAGGGUUGUGCUGAAGGACGUCGACGCAAGCUUCUCCGGUCGCUACUCGGUAACUGCUGAAAAUUCUACGGGAAUCGCGACGUGCUCUGCUCUUCUAACGGUUCAGAUUAACAGAACGUGA